AUGAGCGUCUUCAACGGGGCAGUGCUCUGCGCUGCCAGUGACCAGGGCCACAUUCAUGGUAGCUGCCACUCGAGCCCAUUCAAGGUGGUGUUGAUGUCCGGGUACAAACAAUUUAAUCAACCCCUUGCCUGUGUUUACUCCUCGGAAACUGGCAUAUGGGGUAAUCUCAUCUUAACAGAGGUUCGUUGUGAGAUUUCUAGAAAACCUGCGAUCCUAGUCGGCAAUAGCCUUUACUGGUUGUGCAAGGGCGAUGACAUACUUGAGUUCGAUUUCGGUGAGCACAGCCUAAGUGUGAUCAGAGGACUUCCCGUUACAAAUGAUAUCCUCUUUAAAAACCGUCAAGUCAUCCGGGCUGAGCAUGGUGCUAUUGGCUACGCCAUAUUGUCAUAUCCUCACUUCCAAAUGUGGCAGAGGGAAGUCAAUGGUUAUGGUGGUGCCACAUGGGUGCCGUGGAAGACAAUUGAAAUGCAUAGUAUUCUUGAACUCCCUCCUCUGACCGAAGAAGUGGUGGCACUUCUGCUGGGGUAUGAUGACGAUUCUGAUGUCAUAUUUUUAAGUGUGAGCGGCAAUACCUACAUGGUUCAACUUAAGUCUAUGCAAUCCACGAAACUUUAUGAAACCAUCGACACCUAUCACCAUCAUCCUUUCAAAAGUUUCUAUACACCAGCCAUGGUGGAUUGAAUGGAGCUGAAAUGUUGCACAUAGGAUGACUAUCUGGUUUGAUUUGCUAAUGUGCUGUAAUAAUUCAACUGGUAAGAAGAUAUUGUUGAUAUAGUUUGUGAGAUCUGGACGCUAGACUGUUUGAUUUUUUUAUAUGUGGAAAAAAAAUCUGGCUGCCAACACAGGUGGCAUAAAA